GUUCGACGAGAGUGUACGUAGCGGUGAGAGAGUGCGUAAUAAGCGCACUGUACACGCACGGUUUUUCGCACCUUGGCGACGUCGUCACUGUCACUGAACAGAAUCGUACCCGGGCGUCGAUAUGCCGCUCAGCAUCGGCGUUAAUCUACGGGUGACCGGCCACUGUAAUCAGGGCGGUCGCAAAUACAUGGAGGACAUGUUCUGCGUGGCGUUCCAGCCGACACCGGACGACAAGGAUCUGGAAUACGCGUUCUUCGGGAUCUUCGACGGUCACGGCGGCGGGGAAGCCGCGACCUUCGCCAAGGAACACUUAAUGGACAUUAUAGUAAAGCAGAAAAACUUUUGGAGCGACCGCGACGAGGAUGUGCUGCGGGCGAUCAGGGACGGAUACAUGAACACUCAUUAUGCUAUGUGGCGGGAGCUCGACAAAUGGCCGAGAACCGCAUCUGGAUUGCCAUCUACAGCUGGUACAACUGCCAGCAUUGCUUUUAUAAGAAAAGGCAAGAUAUACAUAGGUCACGUGGGAGAUUCUGCUAUUAUAUUAGGCUAUCAGACAGAUGACGAUCCCCAAUGGAGAGCAAAGGCACUGACGAAAGAUCACAAGCCAGAGAGUGGGCCAGAAAUGACGCGCAUACAGGAGUCUGGUGGAAAAGUGGUCAGUAAAUCCGGUGUUCCAAGGGUUGUAUGGAAUAGACCUCGCAUUGGGCACAAAGGUCCAGUUAGAAGAUCCACCCAUAUGGAUGAAAUCCCAUUCCUUGCAGUAGCCAGAUCUCUGGGUGACUUAUGGAGUUACAAUUCCGAAUUGAACACUUUUGUCGUCUCUCCUGAACCAGAUGUGAAAGUUAUUCCAGUUGACGUCAAAUCACAUCGUUGUCUUAUUUUUGGUACUGAUGGUCUAUGGAAUAUGUUAUCGCCACAAGUUGCAGUAGCUAUUGUUCAAGCCACGGACAGACACAAUGAGAAACAUAUGAUAGCCUCUCAGCAGACCGGUAACGGACAGGCUGAUUUACAAAUGUGGAUAAAUCCUUCGAAAAGUCUUGUGGAUCGUGCAUUGGAGAGGUGGUCAUCGACGAGAUUACGAGCAGAUAAUACCAGUGUUGUAACAUUGAUGUUGGAUCCAUCAGGACCAUGCCGCAGUGAGGUACUCUUUAACCAAAAGAAGGACCGUGUUAUACAUCACGGACAUCACGGAACACAAGUACCAGUUACGACGAGAGAACCUGAAAUCGUCGAGGGAAUGAAUUCAAAAAAUACAACGCCGUGCAUGCCAAUACCUCCGCCAAACGUUUCUUUAAAUCUUGACAUUGAUUCUAAACAACCAGAUUCGUCGAACGGAAAUGAGAAGACUGUGGAGCAAACGUUACAGCCGGAGAUGGUCUCGUGCCCUGAAAAACCAAUUUUAUUAGAGAUUGAUAAUUCGGAAUUACAAGAAGAAACGACGAUAAACAAAAGUAUCGAAACUACCGAUAUUGGCGAAAGUAUCCAGGUCGCUGAAAUCUCUUCUAGUCAGAUGCUAGAAGAACCUGGGGAUUUGGAAAGUAAGAAAGAAAUAAAACACGAGAAAUUGGAACAUUUCGAGAAUGAAGAAAAGCAAAUAGUUGAACAGAAUGAAAAUGAGAAAGCAAAGAAUGAUUAUUUGCAGAGUCCGAUCCAAUUAAAUUUAAAAUCAAAUAAAUUUAUUGAGCCUAAAGAAAACGUAACUGAGACAGGAAUGUCUAACGCGACUCGACAGAAUACAUUUCCCAGAGCGAACGAGGAGACGCUUCAACCUGCUCCUCUUGUAAGUAGGUUACGUCGAAGCGGUAUUGUUUCUGUUAAAAGUAACAGUUUCGAUAAUAGUGAGGUGAAAAAUGGCAUCUUGAACGGAUCGAGACACAAGCAGCACCCUUUAUUUCCAAGAACGGACGUCAGAAUGAUAAAGCGACGACAUAGUUUGAGCUCUUCUCAAACCCAGAAUGCUUUCACCGAUGUCACACCGGCUUCAGAUUCGAAGACUUACGUAAGUGUGAAGUCGCGGUACAGCAGAGUAACGAAAUCUGUUGCGGAAAACACAAUGUUGGAGGAGACGACAAAGAAUGCGUUGAAAACUGCUAGCGAUUAUGUCAUAAAUAAUAAACGUAGACAUAGCACAAUCACGCAAGCCUCGGUCUCGUCGUCUGGAGUUGAGAACAAUUGUCCACAGCAAGAACCAUGUGCUAAGAUGAGGACGCGUUCCGAGGACCAACGGCAUAGUCCCACAGACGAGAAUGAUCCGGCCAAUCAAGCGGUAGAAAAUGCUAAUGCCCGAUUAAGUUGGCCCACGUCAGAUAGACGAUCGGAUUCGUCAUUGAAUGGUGCCACUUUAACGACGCUCUCUUCGUCAUCGAAUACGUUUCAGCGUAGAAGUUUAGGCAAAAAGGCUACGCCUGUUAAAGCUAUUAGGAGAUCGUCGAUCAACGGUUCGACUCGACUGCAACAUCUAAGAGGUAGUUUUGGCCUAAGGGAAUGGGACCAAGGAAGAAAUAACCGAACAAAUAAUUGUAAUAAUAGAAGGACAUUAAAUAGGACAGUAACGAUAAUCGGUCCUACGGAUUCGACGAUACCACAGCGAUGGUUAAGAUCAGAUACAAUGGCGGCAACACCUGUGAAAACACUACGUUCGCGUAACGUAGAUAUCGCCGGACACACAAUAUCUGCGCAAUUAGUUCAUCAAUAUGGAGUAGUGAAGCAAAAUCGAUUGCCUCUACCAAACAAGUUGAAGCAGUCCGCGAACAGUGGAUCGCUGCAAUCGAGUAGAGUCAGGUCUUCCUCGUUGUCAGCCAAUAAACUUAAACAAGCAAAUGGUAACAGUGGAAGCGUGAGUACUUGCGCGACCAUAAAUCCCUCGACAGCAGGUUCCACUUCUGCUAUAUCUAAGAAAGUCAAAUCACCGUAUAAUCCUAGUGCUCGGUCUCUGAGCACACGAUCUCGAAUCAAACGUCUUGGAAAGUAA